UUUGUUUUUCCGUCUCUCAGCCUCUCAGCUCUGUUUGACGGCGGCUCACUGUUUUCCUUUUUUUUUUAUUUCAACAUUUUUUUAAUGAUGGCGGAGGACAGUGAAUCCGCGGCCAGCCAGCAGAGCCUGGAGCUGGACGACCAGGACACUUGCGGGAUAGACGGAGACAACGAGGAGGAGAACGAGCAUAUGCAGGGCAGCCCGGGCGGGGACCUGGGAGCCAAGCGGAAGAAGAAGAAGCAGAAGAGGAAGAAAGAGAAGCCGAGCUCGGGUGGAGCCAAGUCCGACUCCGCGUCCGACUCUCAGGAGAUCAAGAACCCUGGUUUGCCCAUCCAGAAGCUGCAGGACAUCCAAAGAGCCAUGGAGCUGCUGUCCUGCCAGGGCCCAGCCAAGAGCAUCGACGAGGCAGCCAAGCACAAGUACCAGUUCUGGGACACUCAGCCUGUCCCAAAGUUAAAUGAAGUUGUGACGAGUCACGGGCCAAUCGAAGCCGACAAAGAAAACAUCAGACAGGAGCCAUAUUCUUUACCUCAAGGCUUUAUGUGGGACACUCUGGAUCUCAGUAAUGCAGAUGUACUCAAGGAACUGUACACAUUGUUAAAUGAAAACUACGUGGAGGACGACGAUAACAUGUUCAGAUUUGAUUAUUCACCAAGCUUUCUCAAAUGGGCUCUACGUCCACCUGGCUGGUUACCACAGUGGCAUUGCGGAGUGAGAGUGUCCUCAAAUAAGAAGCUCGUUGGUUUCAUCAGUGCCAUCCCUGCAGAUAUACGCAUCUAUGACACGUUGAAGAGGAUGGUAGAAAUCAACUUCCUGUGUGUCCAUAAGAAGCUACGUUCGAAGCGUGUCGCCCCAGUGCUAAUCAGAGAGAUCACACGGAGGGUGAAUUUAGAAGGAAUAUUUCAGGCAGUUUACACAGCUGGGGUCGUACUGCCUAAACCUGUGUCUACAUGCAGGUACUGGCAUCGCUCUUUGAACCCUAGAAAGCUGGUGGAAGUUAAAUUCUCCCAUCUGAGCAGAAACAUGACCCUGCAAAGAACGAUGAAACUCUACAGAUUACCAGAUAGCACCAAGACUCCGGGUCUGAGGCCGAUGGAGAGGCGUGACAUCCGCCAGGUUACCGAGCUGCUACAGAAAUACUUGAGACGUUUCCAGCUCGCACCUUCGAUGGGCGAAGAGGAAGUGGUUCACUGGUUCCUGCCACAGGACAACAUAAUCGACACAUAUGUAGUAGAGGGUGCCGGUGGCGUUCUGACAGAUUUCACUAGUUUCUACACUUUGCCCUCGACCGUGAUGCAUCAUCCUCUGCAUAGGAGCCUGAAGGCCGCUUACUCUUUUUACAACGUUCACACACAAACCCCGCUACUGGACCUAAUGAAUGAUGCGCUGAUCCUGGCCAAGCUGAAAGGUUUCGACGUGUUCAACGCCUUGGAUCUAAUGGAGAAUAAGGUGUUUCUGGAGAAGCUCAAGUUUGGCAUAGGAGAUGGAAAUCUGCAGUAUUACCUCUACAACUGGAAAUGUCCCCCGAUGGACCCCGAUAAGGUCGGCCUCGUCCUCCAGUAGCGGCUCCCUCGUCGGCCGCUACACAAACACGAGAGGUUGCCGGUGACCUCCGGAUAUUCUUACCUGGACGCACAGGUAGCCCGAGCUAGACAAUGAGAACUACAACAAACAAAAAAAAACCCAACAACAAACAACCUGGCGACGGUGAGGAGGUCGCCAAGAACAUUUCUCAGUUCACCCGGAGGUGAAAACUCUGAAAUCAUCAACAUCCUGAAUGUGAAGUCAUGCUAUGCCUGAGAUACUCACACAACAAGUACAACGCUCUCAUUUAAAACACACACGCACCUGUUCGACAUUCAAGAGGAUGCCUUGACAUUGUGACGUUCGUUUCCGUUCUCCUUCCUCCGCUGUCACAAGGGACUGGCAUGUCAUUCCAUUUUACCGACUUGGAAUUAUGUAAAUGAUAAUCAACAAGUAAACACGACCAGAUACAAACAACAGUUUUUCUUUUUCCUGUCCGGACGUUCGGUUCUCGUGCUUCACCGCUGCUUCUUAUCGUUCCCGUUUCACAUCGUCAGUCAGGUGUCUCUGCUGGCUGUUUUUGGGCCUCAGUAGAUUAGAAAUAAGAGCAAGAAGGUGUUUCUGACGCAUAAACAAACACCUUGUUUUUGAAAUAUCUCAACUUUUAACUGACAAUUUACAAACACGCACGGGACAAACAGUGAAUCUUCGCAGACGGAACUUGAUGUACAUGUUUUGUUUUUUCGUUUUUUUGUUAAAACAAAAAUAUAUAGUUAACUGUACAUUUAAAGCCAGAUCAUAUUUAUUCCUGCAGUGUGAGUUUUUUGUGGGUUCGGGAGGGCUGAUCCAAAGCAUUUUUUUCCCUCAUAAGUAGAUUCAACGUGGGAUUCAGCGGUUUUUAAAUGACGAAUGUAUCGCAUUGAUGAAGCACAAUUUCCGAGUUCAAAUACGGACUGGUACACGCUGAACGACGGCGUUUUUUGUCUUUUUUUUAACGUUACGAAGCUGUUUCUAGAGCUGCUUUUUGAAAUAGAACUGUAGGUACAUUUACGGUGGAGUUUGUGCAUGUUAGCCACAAAAAGUCAAACUAGCCGAAUAAAAUGAAGCUGAUAGGAGAGUGAAGUUACACCAUUAAAGGCAAGAAAAGGUGGAUUUUGUGCAAAAAAGAAGUUCAUCUAGAGACAGUUUUCUAAUGUAAAAAUGGCUGACUUGCUUUGAAAUCUUCUCGGUUAAGUCAUUCAGAGAAACCCUCAUCCUCCAGCUGUAAUCGUCCAUCCGCUCACCUGCGGUCGGAUGUUAAAUCUUAAAACUGAAGAGAAUCGAGCACAACAUUCAAAAGAACCUGAGGAAUGAUUUGAUAGAAGCAGAUGCAGCGGUUUGAUGAACAAAAACCUGCAUCUGCUCAAAGCUUGUCCAGGUUAAUUCUUAAUCUCUGGAUUUGUUUUUUAACGGUACUGUAUUUUGUGUGUCGGAAAAUUAAAACGUAGGUCAUUUUUUAAAAAUUAUUUAGUGUGUUGUGCAGCUAAAUGCAGUUCUGAUAUUUAUAAUUGUACCUUUUUAAAAAUGUCUUAAGUAGACAUCGUUUCUGUUCUUUUUUUUCUUCCUUAAAUUUCCAGUUAAAUAGGCGACUUCAGGACUGAAUUUUGAGACUGGAUGAGACUCUUUAUAGGAAAAACUUUUCGCUCUGAGUUAUUUAAACGUUUGAUGUUUCUGUUCAGAACUUAAGAGGUCAAAAGGCUGCUUCUGUUUCUUUGUCUUUCGGUAUUUAACGUCAUUUCCCUUUAUGAACAAGCCAGAAAAGGACAAACGAUGGUCAGUAAAAGCUUCAGGGUUCGAGGAUUUUGUUCCUUUUUUUUUUUUUUUUUUUUUUACGGUCAAAUGUGCUGCAUUCAGAGACGGACGGCAUUAAUUUAACACUGAACAUGGGUUAGUGAGUGGACUGUGUGCCUCCUGGAUGUUGUCGUGUCCCAGAUGUGUUGCCUGCAGCUGUUUGAAUGAGCAUGAGUCGCUGCCGUGUCGAUGUAAACUAGACGCACCCUUUACCUGGAGUUACCUGCCUUAUUUCAAAGUUGAUUUUGUUGUUUUUAAAGAGACUCGGAGGUGGGGCGAGCGCUGGGGUGUACUUUUCAAAAACAAACAAAAAAAAACACGUCAUGAUACAGCUUUCUCUAACUGAAGAACAAUAUUUUUAUUCAACUCCAUUGUAAGCUGUGAAAAAGCUGAAGAACUUGUACCAGCAUCAUUUAGACAUGAGCCCAUGCAAAUAACAAUCUGUUUCAACACACACACGUCAGCUAUACCAGCAUGGAUAUUUGAUUGAAUAAACUCACUUUAAAACGA